AAAUUAUUUCGAUGAUAUCGAAUCAAAAGUUAGCACCAGUUUAACGUGUCUUAGAAUUAUUUGACCGAUGCCCGAUGAAAUCUUAUUGAAAAAUUUUUUUUGAAUAUGAAUAAACAAAAUUUUUUAUAGUCCAAUCAACACAUUGAACAAUAACGAAAGAAUUGGAUUUUACUAAAGAUGGGUGAUAAUUUCGAUUUUUGUGAGUGCAUAAACCACGAAUCGGCCAUGCAAAGGCUAAUUAGUUUGUUACGAUCAACUCAAAACUAUUGCACAGAUAAUGAAUGCUUGACAGAUAUGCCUGGAUCAAAUUUAAACAGGAUAGGAGGACAAGGUGGUUUUGAAAUGUCAUCAACCUUUAUGAUUUUUGGUUUAUGGUUAGUGCUAGCUAUUCUUUUAUACGUUUUCCGGCCCAGCUCACUUAGAACUGGAAAUGGUAAACCUACUUCACACGAUGAAGACAAUGAUUAUAAUGACAGAAAUCCACCGGCUCCCCCUAUUCAUUAGAUUUCAAUCCAGACGAUAUAGAUUUUUAUUCCAUAGAAAAUUGAAAAUAAAUCCUUGUUUUAUAAAACAAAUUUACGGUGUCGGGAAGUAUAGAUUUAUCAUCCUUCAUAUAAAAUUUACUAUUCAAAAUUAUAUUUUAUUUAAAAAUGUAUUUUAUUCUAAUUCGCAUCUUAAUAUAUUAAAUUAUUAUAAUUUAUUUCUAUGCAAAAAAAAAAUAAACUUAUAUUUAUUAUAAAAUUUAAAUUUUGAAACUUGCAUCGAAAUGCACAUUAGAUCAUUUUGUAUCACUUAUAUUGCUAAUAUUGUAUUUAAAAUCAUAUUAUAAAGUGAUUGAUUGUUUACUCAUCAUAUAUUAUACAUAAGUCAUAUAUAUUUUUAAUUAUUCAACUAACGGGAAUGUAUAUAUUUUUGAGAAUUAUAUUUCCUCAAUCGCAUUUUACCCAUAACUUGAUUUGAUUAAUUAUCUACUCCUAAUUUUAUAAUUUGACAAAGUUUUUCGUAUAGCAUAUGGUAAAAUGAGUUAUUAAUCUAUUUAAUUAUAAUUAUGUUUAUAAUAUUUAUUUUUAUUAAUGAUGGUAAAAUAUUAUUUUAGAUUUUAUUGAUUAAAUAAGAAAAAGGAAAUUAUUGUUUUAUAGGCUAGUUUAUAAUUUUUACGUCGCCACCCUAAGCUUGGCUCGACUUUAUUUUUUAAAAUAAUUUUGGUCAAGCUUAGGUUUACUUUUUCUUUCUUGGACUUGAAAAAUAUAGUAGAAAAUGUUUUCUUUCCCUUAUCAAAAUAAAAUUGUAAUUCGAAUUUUUAUGAAUUGAUAAGAAUAAAGUAAUUAUAUAUUUUUGUUA